CCGCGCUCCGGAGGGGCGGCCCGGCCCCGCGCUCAGCAUGAACCGCGGCCACCGGCACGGAGCGAGCAGCGGCUGCCUGGGCACCAUGGAGGUGAAGAGCAAGUUUGGUGCUGAGUUCCGGCGCUUCUCACUGGAAAGGUCAAAGCCAGGGAGAUUUGAGGAGUUUUAUGGGCUGCUGCAGCACGUCCACAAAAUCCCCAACGUCGAGGUCCUGGUGGGCUACGCAGACAUCCACGGAGACCUGCUGCCCAUCAACAACGACGACAACUACCACAAGGCUGUUUCCACCGCCAAUCCGCUGCUCCGGAUCUUCAUUCAGAAGAAGGAAGAAGCAGACUACAGUGCCUUUGGUACAGACACGCUCAUCAAGAAGAAGAGCGCGCUCACCAACGUGCUGCGUCCCGACAACCACAGGAGGAAGCCGCACCUGGUCAUCAGCAUGCCGCAGGACUUCCGGCCAGUGUCGUCCAUCAUCGACGUGGACAUCCUCCCGGAGACGCACCGCAGGGUGCGCCUCUACAAGUACGGCACUGAGAAGCCACUGGGCUUCUACAUCCGGGACGGCUCGAGCGUCAGGGUCACCCCGCACGGGCUGGAGAAGGUCCCGGGCAUCUUCAUCUCCCGGCUCGUCCCGGGAGGCCUGGCGCAGAGCACAGGGCUGCUGGCUGUCAACGACGAAGUUCUGGAAGUCAAUGGCAUCGAGGUGUCAGGGAAGAGUCUCGACCAGGUAACGGACAUGAUGAUCGCGAACAGCCACAACCUCAUCAUCACCGUGCGGCCGGCCAACCAGAGGAACAACGUGGUCAGGAACAGCCGCACCUCGGGCAGCUCGGGCCAGUCCACGGACACCAGCCUGGGCUACCCACAGCCGGUCGAGCCUCGCUUCGAGCCCGGGGACGAGGACAGCGAGGAGGAGGACAUCAUCAUCGAGGACAACGGGGUCCCCCGGCAGAUCCCCAAGGCCACGCCCGACGCCCAGAGCCUGGAGUCCCUGACGCACAUAGAACUCAGCUUUGAGUCGCCCCACAAUGGCUUCAUCCCCUCCAGUGCCGGGGCCUUGGUGCCUGCGGCCAGCGGCCCAAGCCCGGAGUUCGAAGCCCGGGCUCCUGGUCAGAAACUCUUGGAGGAGGACGGAACGAUCAUAACCCUGUGAGCGUGUGGGCGCUCGUGGGCUCGGGCAUACCCACCCCGACACCAGGCUGCGGGCUGGGACGGGGAGCAGCCCUGCGGGCUGACAGUGCCACACACAGCGGAUUUGUGAACCGGCGCAGGUGGAGUGUAAGGCGCAGCCACUGCUGGUGAAAUCGUGUGCUUCGCUUCUUCUGUGUGCUGACCGGAGGCUGGGCGCACUGCCUGGCGGCCGCCUGGCCUCUUAACUGCUUAACGCCCCAGGACACACGAGGGCCCCGAGCUCUGCGCCCCGGGAGCCUCAGCCCUCUGUUGUUCCUAGUACUGUGUUGUGGUUUUUUUGGCUUUUUUGUUUUAAUUAGUAGUCCAGUAGUGUUAAGUGUAACAUUCCUUUUUCAAAUGCAUUGCUCUCCACUUUGCAAGAAGUCCCACCGGUGGGCUGUGGGAGUCCCUCCCCGCGUGGCUGGGCUGUGCACGGGCGGUCCCUCCUGUCUGCCCCCUCGGCUCCAGGCUGGUUCCCUGGGGGCCUGGUGCGGGUCUCCCCGCGGGCUCCAGCCUGCCUUGACCUCCCUGGAGCCCCGGCUGCUGCGCUGCGCUGUGCUGAGCGUGGCUCUCUCAACCUGUGUUCGUGGUCCCAGGAAUCACUGGACUCAAACGCCUCGCAGGAUAUACUUGUGCACUUUUUAUCCAAAAGCCAGGCUUUCCACCACGUUGGGGGGCGGGGGGGCGGUCCGGGACCACCGCCUCCACUUAGGAAGAACGUGUAGCUUCUCACAGCAGCGCGCACUCACUUUGCCAGGCUAUUUAUUUUAUGACUUCACGAUGGAUGCCUCCACUGAGGGCCAGGGCGGACAAAGGGCCCCGCCGCCUGGCUUGCACACCUCCAGCUCCCGUGGCUGCUCAGACCCAGCGUGCCCGGGACUUACGGUAUUUAUUAAUUAAUGCCAUGCUAGGGCUAGAAUGAACGCCGCAGCAGUGUGCCGCGCACCAUGAAGGUUCAGAUGACUCCGUGUUGAAGGAUGAUUUCUUUUCUCUGUGGUAACUAUGAAGAUGACACGCAGAUUGCUGGAUGCAGCCCCACACUGCGUGUCCAUGGGUCUCCAGCACAGUCCUCUGGUGGCUGCGUUGCUGAGGGCCCCCCUCGGUCCCCCCUUCCCUGUCCCCUCCAGGCUGGACCCACUCUGUGAGCCCUCAGGGGCCAGAGGAGACAGAGAAGGGACCAGACCUGGUGCCAGGCAAGCAGCUCACAGAAAAUACCUGUACACACUACCUCUCUCUCUCUCUCUCUCUCUCUCUCUCUCUCUCUCUCCCCCCCCUCUUCCUCCCCCUCUCUCUUCCCCAAUUCUCUCCCCCCCUCUUCCUCUCUCUCCCUCCCCCCCUCUUUAUUUUAAACAAAGUUUUAACAUUAGAACUUUUCUCUUGGGGAAACAUGCUUCAGGGCUUGACUUUUGUACAGAUUUUAAGAGUACAAUACAGAUUUGUCUUGUGUCUGUUCAUAGAAAUGUAAAUCAAAGCUGCUAGUACUCUUUUCUUUUAAUUCUACAUACUAUGUGUUCAAUUAGAUCUGUCAUCUAAAUUAUUGGCUCAAUGAUUAAGCAUUAUAAAAACCAAUAGGUCUCUGUUACACAAUAAAAUAUCAGUUCAUUGGUCAUCAGAAUUAGUUGUUUCAAGUGCACCUUACUAACAAAAGUAUCAGUUAAUCCAGUGUAAAAUGUUAUAGUUCUAAGUGUCAGGCCUAACUGUGAAUUUUGUUCUGUAUCCUAAGUAAAAUUAUAAUAAUGUUCUCAAGCUAUCAACAACAUAUAUGUACUUUUGUGAACUAUGAAUUUUCUAAUUAAAUUUUACAUGCUAAACAUGAUUUUUACAUGAAUGAUACUUUGUUUAAACUAUCAAAUGUCAGUAUUUUACUACAAUUUUAUUAUAAAAUGUACAUUAUCACUAAAUGAAGUUUGAUUUUAAAAAUCAAAUUAGCUUUAGUUGUACAUUAUUUUUUACAAAUAAAGGUAGACUUGUGUAAAGGCU